AUGGCCCCAGCCAGAGGAGGAUUCUGCCCUCUGCUGCUGCUCCUGCUGCUGGGGCUGUGGGUGGCUGAGGACCCAGUCAGUGCCAGGCCCGGGAACAUGACCCCAGCUCAGUGGUUUGAAACUCAGCACGUGCAGCCCAGUCCUCAAGGCUGCAACGCUGCGAUGCGCAAAAUCAACAAGUUCUCCAAACGCUGCAAAGACCUCAACACCUUCCUGCAUGAGUCCUUCUCCAAUGUGGCCACUGCUUGUCAGACUCCCAACACAGCCUGCAAGAAUCGUGAGAAUAACUGCCACCGAAGCCAAAAGCCUGUAUCCCUGACUGAGUGUAAGCUCACCUCAAGGAGAUACCCAGACUGCAAGUACAAGGAGAAGAAACGGGUCACUUCUUACAUCGUGGCCUGUAACCCUCCCAAGAAAGGGGACUCUGGGAAAUUCAAGCUGGUUCCAGUCCACUUGGACAAAGUCCUUUAG